AUGGCGAAUGAGAAGAAGAUCUCAUGGCGCCCACCAACCCCGCACGCCGAUGGAGUUGAUCCCAAGACAGGCUUGAUGCCUUGGGUUGAGACAAAGGGUUCAGGGAAAGCUGCAGCUGUCGCAAAAGCGAUGGCCAUGCGGCUUCAGAAAGGGAAAGGGAAGGGCAUGGAAGGUCUUCAAGCGAUCAAUGAUCAGCUGAGGACACAGCCCACGUGGAAUUACACUGGCGAGAAGCCAGCUGCUGCCACACCAAAGAAGAAAACAAACAAAAGGAAGGAAGCACCAGAUCUAACAGCAGAGGCAUAUGAAGAGAAGAACCAGAGGAAGGCUCAGCAGGCCAAAGACAGGAAUACUCAUAUGUCAGAUGGAACGCACGACGGAGAAGACACACCAGAAGAUGCAACAGGUGCUGGGGAAGAACGUACAGCAGAAGAUGGAGAAGACACAGCAGAAGCCAAAGAAGAGAUGCAGAAGAUGGAUAAGAAGGAUAGGAAAGACAAGAAGAAACAUAAGGAUGGAGACAACGCCCCAGCAGCCAAGGAAGAGACAGAAGUUCAAGAAGAGACAACAAAGACUAAGAAGCAAAAGAAACAGACGGCAGAGGCAGAAGAGACGACAGAAGAGAGGAAGAAGGACAAGAAAGCCAAGAAGAAGCAGAAGGAUGAAGAAGGCACACCAGAAGCAAACGAAGAGACAGAAGUUCCAGAAAAGACAGCAAAGGCUAAGAAGCAAAAGAAAACGACAGAGCCAGAAGAGGCGGUAGAAGAGACGGCAGAAGAGAGGAAGAAGGACAGGAAAGACAAGAAGAAACAUAAGGACGAAGAAGGCACACCAGAAGCAAACGAAGAGACAGAAGUUCCAGAACAGACAACAAAGGCUAAGAAGCAAAAGAAAACGGCAGAGGUAGAAGAGAUGGAAGAAGAGAGGAAGAAGGACAGGAAAGACAAGAAGAAGCAUAAGGAUGAAGAAGGCGCACCAGAAGCCAACGAAGAGACAGAAGUUCCAGAAGAGACAACAAAGGCUAAGAAGCACAAGAAAAAGGCAGACACAGAAGAAGGACCCUGGACAGCGCCCAACCCAAGUUGGCUGUCAAGUGACAUUGAAGGACUCUUCCGGCCGCAACUUCCAGGCGCCAUCCUCACCUUAUUUGCGAGUCAUGCAAGCUGCUUCGUUUGGACUCAGGCUGGUGUGGUUGAAAAGUACUUGGCGUGCAAGGGACAGGAUGCAAAGCGCUUUCAGAAACCAGAGAAGCCAAAGAAGGAGAAGACUGUGGAAGAACAGCAGAAGGCGGCGAUUCAAAAGACCAUCAAAGAGUUGGAGGACUUGGUGUUCGCCAAGAAGUCUGCUGCUGAAGUCAAUGAAGUGAUUUCCAAAAAGAAAUCCAAAGUCGCUGCACUUCCCUCAGUGGUUUUUGUGUCACCGAGUGUGCCUGAAGAACCUGAGCCCAUCAAAGUUGUGGACGACGAUGCACCGGAAACCGAACUCGAUGGAGAUGAAGGCGUGAUCGACCUGGAUGGUGAAGCUUUACACCUUGAGUGGGAUGAAGAUCUGGGGCAAUGGAUUGACCCAUUGGAUUUGGCGGUGGCAGUCCAAAAGGAGGUCAUCGACGACAUGGUGGACUCCCUGUUGAAAAAGUUUGCCAGUGGAGGGGCCCUGCUCAAUGACAUCCAGGAGACCGUCAUGAACCUGGCCAAGUUGAACCAUGAUCUUGUCCCGUCGGAGAUUUUGGACUUGGCCCACCGUUUCCAAUGCGGCGGUGGAUGGGGCUUGGAGCGGGCUAUUGUAAAAUAUUGGCAAGAGAAUCAAGACCUGCGAGCUGCCUUCCCAGAGAUUCAGGAUCCUACCGGCAUCGUCAUUGCUGCUACCUAUGUGAUGCCAUUGCCUAUGUUGGAGGACAAGACAAACAAGUACCCAGCCAUCGGCCAAAAGAAAAUCAAUGGGGCGGCCAGCCGCAUGAUGAUUUUCUUUAUGGCUUUGAUUUCGAUGGAAGUCGAAAACCGGAAUCCCAACGAGGUGAACAGGACCAAGAUCAGCGACAACAUGAACCGCUUUGGCGACUGGAAGAGUUGGAAGAAAGAGCUGGCCUCACUGGGGCGCAUGCCGCUGACGGCGGUGGAGAUGCGACGGUAUGUGGAUGCUGUGAAGGCCCACAAGAAGGAUGUGAAAGAAUGGGAGCAGCGUAUGACCUCCAAGGAGAUCGUGAAUGCUCGAUGCAAUGCUGAAGCCUGGCCAGUACCAUCCGAUCUCAAUUUGGAGGCUUGGCUGGAUCAGCUGGUGGAAGAGCAACGACCCUUGCGGUGUGUCAACGCCGAGGUGCAGGUGAAGUCCAUCAGGAUGGAAGUCCUACAGGCGACAGAGACGCCAGGCACUGGGUGCAACUUGCACUUGGAGGAUCUGACACUGGGCGCCGCAACCUUGGAUCCCAGUGAGCAGAUCUCAAGGGACCCGACCGAUGCCUUCCUUUUGAAAGCUGCAGACGAGGGGAAGAGAAAGAUGGAGGCGAGGCUUCAGCUGGGAACGAUGCAAAUGGACUGUGAAGCACCUGGAAGUCAGGCGGCCUCAGUGUUGAGACCCUGUCGUGUUGAGAUGAGCGUCGCCCAGUAUGACAACAGCACGGGGGGGAGGGAGAUCCGCGUGAGGCUCCUGACCCAGGCGGUGGACGAGACGGGUUUGACGGCGACAGUCUCGAGUCGCAUGGCCUUGCGCUUGCAGCGUGCCUGGCAAGGACUCAAGGCCGCCAGGGAGAUUCCGGUCGGAACUUCCGUGGCCAGUGUGAAGAGGGAUUCGAGCUCAAAGAAGGCUCGAACAGCAAACUCGCACUUUGACCAGAUCCGGAUCCUUUUUGAUCGUUUGGACGCGGAUCACAGCGGUAUGUUGGAGAAGAAGGAGCUUCAUGAGCUCUUGGAGAGUAUCUAUGGCAGGUUCAUGACUCCCAAGGAGAUCAAGAUCGCCGCAGAUCAACUGCUACACAUCAUUUCGAAGGGUAAGGAGCUGGUGAGCUUCGAAGAACUUCAAGAGUUUUUCUCCAGGGACAGAGGCGAACGGGCUCAUAAGGGGCAGGUGGUCUUAUGCCUGAAUGAGCUGACCAAGCCCGUCUCCAAACCGAAAGUGAAGGACAUUUGGAAUGAAUUGAAGAAGUCCAUUGACGAGAGCAAGUCCUACAACAGUAGCACGAUUUCUGCAAGCACGUUGCAGCUCUACUGGGUACGGACGCUGGAGAACUACAAUGAAGCGAAGAAGUUGUGGAAGGAACUUUGGAAGGAUUGUCUUGGAGUGUCCUUGGAGCCUCGCUUUCAACAAUGGGUCUUGCGAGGUGAAACUCCGGCCAUCGAUAUGUGGAGCGAUCCAGCCAUGUCCACGAGAAUGCUCUCGUGGUCGAAGGAAGACCCAGAGACCACCGUGCACCUGGACAUCGCCAUGGAUGGCUUGUCGGUGAGGCUGGCGGAUACUCAACAUGCCAGCUCUGUGCCUCGUGCCAAACUGGACCUCAAGGAUGUGUACCUGAAGGGCGGCAUUCGUCGCGGGAGCUCGGGCAUUGCAGCCUUGGAGUCUGGUUUGAAGGGAUCCUUGCAACUGAGUGCUGAGUAUUGGAAUCAAAGCCUCGGCAUCACCGAGCCCUUCGUGGAGCCCUGGCGAUUGCAACUCUCUGCCUCGCCCCACUUGCUUUGUCUUCGAGCUGAAGAGCAUUUAGUGCUAAACCUGACGCCUCCCUUGAUCCAAGCCUUGUCAGUGGCAUCGAAUUCCCUGGCGGACGCCAAGGACGAAGGUGUCGAGUUGCGACACACGGAGACGCCGGUGGCCGUUUGGGUCUAUAACUGCACCUUGUGCGAUGUGCGGGUAGCAGUGCGAAACCCUGAGGGGGAGCGAAGUGCUCCCGUCUCCAUCUCCCGCUGGGCUUACCAAGAGCCAGUGGCUUUAGAGCUCGCCACCAAGAGUGCUCCGUUGAGUGUGGGCACCAGCAGUGGCUGGGUCUUGGAAAUGGAGAUGGAGCUUCGUGGCGGCUGGUGGGUUCGACAAGAACUUCCCUUCAGCACCACUGGACGCAGGAUUCUCCGCGUGGAGCGACAGAACUGGUUGUGCGUCACCUUCUCAGUGGACGCCCGACUACUGGCGCCCAUUGUCUCCCUGAGCGGCAUCGGUUUGCUUGAAAACAUGACCAGCAGUAACUUGACCGUGUGUUUGGGCAAGGACAGCGAGGGCAAGGAGCAAACACUGGAACUCGAACCGUACCAACUUUGGAAUGCUGGCAUCGGUGGUGGCUAUGAGGUCACAUUGCCCUUGGACAAGCAUGGACACUUCAAGGCCAAGUUGCCGACAGAUUCUGACCCUUUGGACGAUAAGGAGAAGCUUUUGGAGCGCUUGGCUGGCUUUCGCUUCGUACUGCUGGCGCACGAGGGACGCAAGAAGAACGAACCAAGGGAUCGAGUGGUGGUGUGCGUGCCGAUGCUGUCGGUCCUGAACGCCUUGCCUUGUGAGUUCGAGUGCUCCGUGAAGAAUGUGAGGAAUGUGCCACACCAGUUCCUGAUGUUGAGUGAUGCCAAGAGCGAUGGCGACCGCACGUGGAGCACCGUGGUGCGCUGUUGCGGCCCACGAACGGACCGGCCAAGCGCUGACUUCCCUGAGCCAGAGCCGCCACAGUCUGGUCGGCAUGAAGCGGUCAUUCAGGAGGCCGACACAGCGGAGGCCCACACACAGUCUUUGACUCCGGGUCAACGCUUGGGCUUCAAAGACGUGGAUCCCGAUUUGCAAGUGGAAGUGGUGGUGCGGAUGGCGGGCUUCACCUAUCGAGCCUUUGUCCCUGCCAAGUGCUUGAAAUCCAAGAAUGCGGUCAUGCGGGCGUGCUCAGACAACGCGCACCUGCACUUCGACCUCUCAGCUCGUAGUCUUUGCCUCAUCGCCGAGGACUCCGCGGCUCCACCGUUGGCCAUGGAUUUGGAGUGGGAGAUGCACGGCGCAGUAUUUUUGGUCUACAGCCGCUACUGGAUCGCAGAUAAGACGGGUUGGAGUUUGGACAUUUGCUCCGCCAACACCGAGGGCAAGAAUCUCGAGUUCACUGAGCAGGCACGCGCCUGCGAAGUGCCCUCCACUGGCGCCUGGAAGGCCUUGGGACUAGAGGAGCUGGACGAGGACUCGAAGGGGCAAAAGCCACAUCUCGCACUCAUGAACCUGCAGUGGGAACAGAUUCAGCUACGCUUGUGA